GAAGGAAGGAGAAGCCAUCAGGUAUGCUGUGGUGCCGAGGAGAAUGAAAGGUAUUCAGGAAAAACACCGAGGUCUUCCCUACGGCUCGGAGGAAGCUUACACUGCAGACGGAGUGAAAUACUACAUCAAUCACGUGACCCAGACGACCUCGUGGAGCCCUCCCGGGUUGAGCAGCGGCGCCCCAGAGCUGACGCCUCCGCCUCCGCCUCAGGAGACCUUAGAGGUGGAGGAAGAGCGUGAUGGAGAGGCAGCGGAGCAGAGACAGAACCCGACCACAGAGACGAAGAUGUAGGAGCAGAUCCUCCAUCCGUCCCC